AUUGUAAAAAAUUCGGCUUGGUUAAAUUAACCAAGCACUUAGUUCUCGUAACCAAUUAUCACUUGGUUACCACAACUAACCAUUUUUUUCUGUGUACGUUUUAAAAGAUGUGAUAAUUUCGUAUAUUUCUUUACGUAAUCUGAGAAUUCAUAAUAAAGCGAUAAAGAGAAUCAGCUCAUUUGUCUGGUGCGGUCGACAUAACUCGGAGCUACAUCUGCUUACUCGAAUUCAGAAGUUGCGCGGGAAAACUACAUAGUUUUGUUAUUCAAAAGUUUUGGAGAAAUUUGGAAAGAGCGAUGGGCUACAACGAAGCUACUGUGGAGGAGGAUUCGACUGUUCUCUUCAUUUGCGAUAUGCAAGAAAAGUUUUAUACGGGUAUUCCAAAGUUCAAAGAGGUUAUCUUGAAUGUUUCAAAAGUGGUACAAAUUUGCAAUGUGUUGGGCAUUCCAAUAAUAGUGACUGAGCAUAUUCCACAGUUAUUUGGAAAGACGGUUCCGGAAAUUGAUCUCACGGGGGUGAAGGGACCAUUCGGCAAAACACUGUGGAGCAUGUGUAUUCCAGAGGUUCUGAAAGAACUGGAGACGAUUUGCAACAACAAACCACCAAAGUCGAUCAUUCUCACCGGGGUGGCCACUCAUGCUUGCGUAGAAAUGACAGCCAUUGACUUGAAAAAAAAAGGCUUUCAAGUUCACCUGGUAGCCGAAUGCUGUUCGUCCAGUAGACUGGAAGAUCACACACACGCAAUCGAGAGAUUCAAACAGAUGGGAUGUUUCGUUAUUACGAUUGAAAAUUUGAUUGGAAAAUUGUUGAAGGAUGUGAAACACGAAAAAUUUAAAGACACUUUAAGGAUUGUUAUGACGCGCGCUAAACUGUAGGAGUUUCAAUGUAAACGUUAUUCUUGCGAUGAACAUGUGAAAAAUAAAUAAAAUAAGGCUGCAA